GUGAAACGUUCGGCAGUUUCGUGUUUCUCAAAAUGUCGAUAUAUUUUAACUUCGAUGUUGGUCCGAAAGGAAGAAGGUUUAGACGAGCUAUAGACGGUGAUAAAGCAGACAUAGAAUACAUAAUCAAGAAAACAUAUGGAGAAGUUUACGGUGGCGCUGAUAUAGGGAGCUUGAUUGAACUAAGUACAUUAUCAAUAUGCAUGAUAGAUGUGAACAAAGACGUGAUAGGUUUCAUGGCCCUCAGCGAUCACCCUAACGUCCCUGGAGUAAGCCAAGUGGAUUGGGAGAUAUGGAUGAGGAAUUUGUUUCAGAAAUACUUUUUGUCACGGAAUACACUCUUCAUACAUUAUAUCUGUUGUCUCGAUGAUGUCGCAGAUUUCUUUCUAGAAGAAGCAUUGACCUCCGUCUUUACACAGGAUGUUUAUUUGAAUAAUAUUGUUGUUAUGAUCCCGCAUGGAUGUCCAGAAGACCAUAUAACAAGGUAUUUAGCGUCCAAGAAACGAAAUUUCUACAAAUAUUUGCCUAGUAAAAUGGGGAGUGGAUUUAGGGAAGGCAAUUGCAGUUACUUUUAUGCUGCAAUGCGACAAGACUUUUGUCCCAAACUUAAGAUCAGAGGCGCUGUAGAAGAGGAUAAUGACGAUAUCGUAGAAAUCCUAGACAAAAAAUGUCCGCAACUAAAGGAAUUGUACGGAGAAUAUUACAUCAGUGAAAUAAUAAGCCGCCAUCCUACGAUGAAACGCAAAGUUAUUGUUGCUGCUUAUCAAGAUCACGUCAUUGGAGUAAUGUGCUUGAACGCAGAAGUUAACUAUGAAAAUUUACAGAAUACUUACGAAUUACAUCCUUAUUAUGGGUUGAGAAAGGCAACACCGCUUGAAAAGGAACUUAAGAAACGGAACAACAUAUUGUUAAAAACAUUCGGAGAACCAAUACUUUACGGAAGAUGGGGUCCUUUCGAUCGUACUUCUAAAGCGAAGCAAAAAGUUGAUGAAGAUAUACCACCAGGUGAAACAGCAGUGGAACCAAGAAUAAAGACAUCGAGUAAAGUUAUAUUUAGACACAUAUCGCUAACUGAAGACAGAUACGAUCGUGUUUAUAUGAAAAAGGAUGUCUCGGAUGACUAUAGUGUGAAAUUAGGCGGAACUUCACCCACUGUCUCUCUUCUAUCUAAUGCAUCGGUCGCCGAACUUUUAGAUGAAGAUCCGUUUGAUUAUGAAAUCGUUAAUAUUGAUACUAAAUUAUUGAAAGUCCCUCGCGUUAUAUCCCGUGAUUAUGAGCCAAAAUCACAGAGUGACAGACAAUCCACAUUAACAGAGUUUGAGACAAAAUUAAAAAGAAGAACUUCAGUAAUGGCAAAGAAACAAGAAGAGACGAGUAAAUAUAAUUACUCAGGAGAACCAAAUGCAUUUAUAAUUGAACUUUUUGGAUGUCGUGAAGAUGUUGACUAUAAGCAGUCAUUCGAUUUCCUUGAAGCCGCUUUUGAAGCUAUGAAAGAUUAUGACUAUUGCAUUCUUCGUAUGCCGUGUACUGAAAAAAGUUAUCCCCUUUUACAACAUUUUUGUGUUAGUUGA